AUGGAAACGGUGUCUCACAAGCCGCAUCAUAAUUCAACGGAAGUUUUGGAAAGGUCCACCAGCUACGAAGCCGCACAAAUGGCAAUCAAUUCUGUGAUCGAGGAAAUUCGAGCAGAGCGGGCGGCAAGAUCUGCGGAUUGUGAGGGACGUACUAAUGAGGCCGUUGAAGCAGCAGAGGAGAACAGUAUGGAAGCCGUGAAAGAUGACGGCGCUGCGAGUUCAAUCCCCAGCACACCUUCAUUGAUUGACGAUACCGCAGAUCUAUCCGAUUCAGUGCGGUGCUCUAAUAAUCGCUCAGGACGUGAUGACAAGGAGAAUAGACCAGUGCGUGCUCGAAUUGGAACCGAACGCUACGGCUUACGGACGUUAUCUGAUUUUACCGAUGAUGAGCGACCGGCGCUUUUUGAACAUGCUAAAAAAAUUGCUAAUAAAGCCGAAUUUUCAAGUUUUGACGAAUUUCUGGAGGCCUUCGAGCCGUUCAAAAUAUGCGGCAACCAUCCGUUUCGCGUUGCGAGCUCCGAGAAAUUUCGAGAUGGCCAGAAUAACCAGGACGACAAGUUCCAGUACAAAUAUAUUUUGCUUGUUGAUUUACUUGUACGUGAAUCGCGCCAGAGAUUAACACCCCGUUCCAUCUUCGAAGGGCUUGCGGUGUCGGCGCAAAUGUAUCGGUAUGAAUCCGCAGAGAGAACGCUGUGA